GUGGUGGUAUUAUUCCAGGACAAUAAUUGAGGGAAAAAAAAAGAUCACCACCAGCGACUUCUAUCCACUUUCCUAUUUCGGUAACUUCCAUGGUACUUUCUCCAUCGGGAGCCCUGCCAUCUAUAAAGAGUCUCAACCGGUAGAAAUCUCUAAUUCCAAUCUAUUUCCAAGUAGCACAAGUCGUCUAAGCUACAUAAUCAUGCUCCUCCGCCCUCAAUCUACUUCCAUCGCCCUGACGGAAGAUGACCUCUACUACCAUCUCGGCCGGGUCAUUUCGAGAUCUGUAGAGCUUUCGGCGUGGUUCCACAACGACAACGAUUCCAUCGACAGCCACGAUGGAGAGGAGGGGGAAGAGGGCUAUGACGAUGGUGACGAUGGUAUCUUUACGAACUCGGACAGCUCUCUGCCUGAUUUUCCCUCCGAGUCCGAUUGUGCAGAUUCACCUUGCGAAACAUCUGAUGAUGACAGGGCACCCGAGACACAGACACAUCGAACGGUCAUUGGCAUGGAUCCCAGUUCCCCUGCACUCACCAGGUCUUCAAGUUCUAUGGCCUCCAACUUGCAAUCCCAACAUGAGCGUCUCUCUCGUUCCACUGAUGACCUUCCUCGAAUCCCAUUAGCCUCGAGCUCCGAGAAUGACCCCCAGGCCGCUGUCGAGUCUCACAUGGUAUCGAUGCAGAAAUCUCCAGAGCGAGCUUCCCGUAGACAAUCCAUAGAAGUCAGCACGGGCAGGCAGCUCAAUCAUUCACUUGCCCUAGCCCUUCGGCCGGUUCUCGCUCCCAGCGACCAGAAAUGGCCGAGGGGGUUGAACCAUCUCAACAACCCAUUUUCACCUCUCGUGUUCUCCCCGGCAUCCUCUGAGCCUAAAAUAAUCGCGCUUGGGGCCGCUCUUAAAGAUCUCUUUUCCUCAAACGUGGUUCUUCUCAGCUGGUGUCCUCAACAUCGAGAAGAGAUAGAGGAAUUCGGUAACUCGCCCCAGUCACAAUUACUUACUCUGCUCGUUCACCAUGGGUAACACAUCGUUUUCACUCUAGAGAGCUCCAUCCUGGUCGUGUCUUCCCGCGAAACGAACCGAAUCGCCUGGUUUAGACUGCAUUAUCCACCA